AAAUCUCCAUUUAAAAGCGCAGCUUUCCUCCAUGUUAGAUGUGAGGUGGAAAAUGGGAAAGAUUUAGCAAAAUUCCUCCGUGCCUUCAGCCAGGCUGGAGAGGGCGAGAGCAGAGUGAAACCCUCAGGCUGCUGAAAUUUCUGAGGUGUGGGGAAGCCUCUAGAAUUCUACGGGAAGGAGCGUUUCCUAAGUGGAACUGAUAGGGAAGAGGAAUAGACCCUUUUAAUAAUUCCCCCAAGUGUGGGCUCCCUUACUUUACUAGAAUGGUAAGCAACAGGGCAUCCGCGCGCCUCGGACAUGCCUGCAUGAUCCAAGGUAGCCAAAGUAAGGCAGGGUAACUCCAGCCUGGCGCUCACUUCCCACCGCUUCAUGUGCUUUGGAAGCAGCAGCAGCAGCAGCAGCAGCUGGAGCCGCAAGAAUGAACUGCAAAGAGGGAAAUGACAGCAGCUGCAGUUGCAGUGGCAACGAGGAGAAAAAGAUGCUGAAGUGUGUGGUGGUUGGGGACGGUGCCGUGGGGAAAACCUGCCUGCUGAUGAGCUAUGCCAAUGAUGCCUUCCCGGAGGAGUACGUGCCCACUGUGUUUGACCACUAUGCAGUUACAGUGACCGUGGGAGGAAAGCAGCACCUGCUCGGACUCUAUGACACUGCAGGACAGGAGGACUAUAAUCAGCUGAGGCCGCUCUCCUACCCCAACACCGAUGUGUUUUUGAUCUGCUUCUCGGUUGUAAAUCCUGCCUCUUACCACAAUGUCCAGGAGGAAUGGGUGCCGGAGCUGAAGGACUGCAUGCCUCAUGUGCCUUACGUCCUCAUAGGGACCCAGAUUGAUCUCCGUGAUGACCCCAAAACCUUGGCCCGCCUACUAUAUAUGAAGGAGAAGCCGCUCACUUACGAGCAUGGAGUGAAGCUUGCAAAAGCGAUCGGAGCACAGUGCUACUUGGAAUGCUCAGCCCUGACUCAGAAGGGUCUCAAAGCGGUUUUUGAUGAAGCCAUCCUCACCAUUUUCCACCCCAAGAAAAAGAAGAACCGCUGCUCACAAUGUCACGGCUGCUGUUCCAUCAUCUGAAGCUGCUGGAGACUCGCCUCCACCC